UUGCCCUUCAGGAGCAAAGACUGGUCACUGUCAGAACUCGAUGCUUUACUGCUGGCCGGCACAGUCGGACACACCCUUAGUCUGGCGGCCAGCAGCUUCGUGGAAGAGGAGCACCAAACCUGGUACUUUCUGCUCAACACCCUCUGCCUCGCAGUCUUCCAGGAUGUCUGCCGCAAAUACUUCAGAGAGCAGAGAGACACUUCGGACGAAGACGAGCAUAUCCUCCUUUCCAAAGAUUGUCACUCAUCUGUUCACCAAAAAGCAGACAUUUGCUCAGAGAAAUGGCUAGCAUUAGCCACGCCCCCUUUCACUCUGAUCUGCUGCAGACUGCUGCGCUCCCUCAACCAGACUGGAGUACAGUGGGCUCAUCUUCCUGACAUGGGACAUUGGCUAAACAGCUCCGAACACAGGACAGUACUGUCUUUGCUGGCUGCAUUCUGUUUGGUUCUUAUCUACCUCCUGGUUCAAAGACGGUGCUCAUGGGUGUCCAAGGCUGCCCUCGCCCUCGGACUUGUGGGUGUCUACAGCUACCGUGCAGCUGUUGGCAAUGUCAUGUUUCCCUGGCAACACGCUGGUCGACCUAUGUCCAAGGGAACAGUGGAGGCACGCUUUGUUUACGUGUUUGUUUUGGGCAUCCUCUUCUCCGGCACCAAGGACCUGUUGCGUUCCCAGAUUAUCACCGCUGAUGCCAAGUUGAAGAGCAGGGGAUUGUGGGAGCUCUACAGUGGCUUGGUUUUGUUGGUGUCACUAUUGUUUCGUGCCCACAACUUGCCCGUCCUGUGCUGCUGCCUGUUGGUCCAGACGCUCAUGGCUCAGUUUAUCUGGAAGAAACUCCACUAUGAUGCUGCCCAAACCACCAUCAUGCAUUAUUGGUUCGGUCAGGCAUUCUUUUACUUUCAGGGGAAUUCGAACAACAUUGCCACCAUCGACAUUUCCGUUGGGUUUGUCGGGCUGGAAAGUUACAUAGAAGCACCCGCCAUCUUCUUAACAGCCCUUAGCACUUACGCAGGGCCCCUGCUAUGGGCCUGUCAUCUCGUCUGCUACCUGAGCUCAGAGAGAGAUAGGAGUCCGGUUGCAGUUGGCCAUGGCUGCUACUGCUUAGCCCUGCUAAGGUCUGUGCCAGCAGCAGCCUACAUUGUUCUGGUCACUGUCCUGCGGUACCAUCUCUUCAUAUGGAGUGUCUUUUCACCAAAAUUACUGUACGAGUCCAUGCACGUAAUGCUGACUGCAGGAGUCUGCCUCUUCUUCUACACAAUGGAGCAAAGCCCCAGUCCCAGUAAGUCUUAAGGAGCCGAAGACUUCAGAAAUCCCCUGCUAUGAAAGGAUUGGACAGUUUACUGUGUGAAGGACUGUCAGACUGAUACACAGGACAACAUGCUUACCCUCACUUAUUAUCUUUCCAAUCUGUUAAUAUGUGAGAAGUUGCUUUUGAAAGGGUCCUCCUUUUGCACUCUGUUUGGUUUCCCAAAAAAAAAGAGAUGGAAAUGAGAAUGUACUUCUGUAGUCUUUUCAGAUAUUUGCGUCUCUGUGGGGACAAACAUUAUUCUGGUGAAUGAAUGUGAAAUGGCGUAAAGAAGCUUUUUGAAAUAGUAACUUUUGAAUAAAUUGUAUAUUAUCUCAGGAGCAGACUACAGUUGAAUACUGUGCUGCUGAAACACUAAUGCAGAGCUACAUCUAUAUUUUGGCUAUAAGUGACUAAUAUUUAUGUUUCAUAGGAGAACAUAAUGUGUGUUUGCAAAUUGGUGAAGUUCCAGUACUCACAGAGCUUUUGAUAACACAUAAGUAAAGACUUACAACCUUCAGGUGCUUUCAGUUAUUCUGUCUGAUUCAAGUGUUUGUUGGAGUUGUGCCAAGCACUGCUUGAAGUUACAUGAGGCAGCAUAUCCACUUGGCAUUAUCCAAAGCAGACAGUUUGUCAUGUCACUAAAGGAGAAGCACGGGCAUUAUUAAUAAAUUGAGUGAUAACAAAUUUAGCAUCCUAACUUUUUUUUGCUUGUGCAUGAACUAUACCGUGCCGAAGCACACCUUUUCCAUGAGUGCCAAGGCCAAGGAAGUGUACCGUGCUUGGGCACAAAUCAGAGCACUCACACUUAUCAAAUGAACUGCACUUUAGGGGUGAAGCGUGCUUAGGCACGGUACGGAUAACCUACGGUCAGAGCGCCCUUAAAAUAUAAACUUAGGACUUUAGUCAUACUUUAGACAUAGUGGUCAUACUUUCCCGCGAUGCAUAGCUGGAUACAACACAAUAUUUGUCAAAGUAAUAUACUGUAGGUAAUAAUGAUAUAGGGAUGUCUGAUCUAAUUGUAUUCACUUGUAGUUUUUAUAAACAGACAACCAGAACCUUAAACUGGUUAUUCUGAAGUAUGCCAAUAAAGAAAAGAACAUUUAA